CAACCCCCAAACUUUAUUCUUGUAUGCGUAGAUCUGCGUGUAUCCUCCUCGUGCUGCAAUUCGUUUCAUCUGAGCAUACGUUUCGCGCUGUAGACGAGCAAUUAUUUUAGAUCUCGGGUUAUAACGUCUCGGCGUGUUGACACCAGAAUUUGAAGAUGGUGGCGUUGACAGAUAUUCUCCCAAAGGCGAAAUCAUCUGUGACCUCUAACUAUGAUCAUUCAAAUGAUCCAUGGUUCAAAAGUAGGUACUCAUUAUCUGAAUCCGAGGAAUCCGAAGCUCCCAUCUCCAAGGCCAAACCUGUGCCUCCUUAUUUGAAAAGGGCAGGAUUUAAGCCCUCUAAGCCUGAAGAUUUUGGGGAUGGAGGUGCAUUCCCGGAGAUUCACUAUGCUCAGUAUCCACUUGGCAUGGGCCGAAGCACCAAGCAGAAGCCAGGUGGGAAGACUCUGCCCCUCACUGUGGACGAGCAGGGGAACUUGAGAUACGAUGCAGUUGUGAGGCAGAAUGAGAAUUCUAAGAAGAUCGUGUAUUCUCAGCAUACCGAUCUUGUUCCAAUAUUUGCAAAGGAUGCUGAGAAGGAAGAUGAUAUGGAUGUGGAUGAGAAGCAGAAAGAGAUUGAUGAGACCACCCAAGAAACCCGAUCUGCUCUUGAGAAGAUUGUGAAUGUCAGGUUGAGUGCUGCACAGCCGAAAAAUGUUCCAAAACAGUCUUCAGACUCGAAGUUCAUCAAGUACAAACCUUCUCAGCAGUCUGCAGCCUUUAAUUCAGGGGCUAAAGAGAGGAUCAUUCGCAUGGUCGAGAUGCCUGUGGAUCCUAUGGAGCCUCCCAAGUUUAAGCACAAGAGGGUACCCAAGGCUUCGGGUUCUCCACCUGUGCCAGUUAUGCAUUCUCCGCCUCGGCCUGUGACAGUCAAGGACCAGCAGGACUGGAAGAUCCCACCUUGUAUUUCCAAUUGGAAGAACCCUAAAGGAUACACAAUCCCACUCGACAAGCGCCUGGCUGCUGAUGGUCGGGGUCUGCAGGAGGUUCAGAUCAAUGACAAUUUUGCCAAGCUAUCAGAGGCUCUGUAUGUGGCAGAACAGAAAGCUAGGGAGGCAGUUGCAGUGAGAUCAAAGGUUCAGAAGGAGAUGAUGAUGAAAGAAAAGGAGAAGAAAGAGAUGGAACUCCGGGAGCUUGCUCGCCAGGCAAGAAAAGAGAGAACCGGUGUGGCUACAGCUACUGCCGUGACAGUGCCUCCUUCCGAAAGGGGUGGUGGCAUGGAUGAUUCCGAUAUGCGCAUGAACUACGAGCGCCCGAGGGAUGUUCAUCCAAAGGAAUCGAAAGAAGAGAGAGAGGAGAGGCUGCAGAGGGAAAAGAUUCGUGAGGAGCGUCGCAAGGAGAGAGAGAGGGAAAGGAGACUCGAGGCAAAAGAUGCUGCAAUGGGGAAGAAGAGCAAGAUUACCCGCGACAGAGAUCGUGAUAUCAGUGAGAAAGUCGCACUUGGAAUGGCAUCGACCGGGGCGAGAGGGGGUGAAGUUAUGUAUGAUCAGAGGCUGUUCAACCAAGAGAAAGGGAUGGAUUCCGGUUUCGCUACGGACGACGCUUACAACAUCUAUGACAAGGGGUUGUUCAAUUCUCAGCCCACUUUAAGUACUCUGUACAGGCCCAAAAAGGAUGCGGAUGAUGAGAUGUACGGCGGUGCUGACGAGCAGAUGGAGAAGCUGAUGAAAACGGAUCGCUUUAAGGCUGACAAACAAUUUGCAGGUACAUCUGAGAGGACGGGGCCGAGGGACAGGCCGAUGGAAUUUGAGAAAGACCAACCAGCUGAAGAGGAUCCGUUCGGUUUGGAUCAGUUCUUGACGGAGGUUAAGACCGGUAAGAAAGCAAUGGACAAGGUGGGGAGUGGAGGUACAUUGAAGGCCAGUGCUGGAUCGAUGCGAGAUGGGUUCGAGGGAUCGGGUAGAUCAAGAAUUGGCUUCGAAAGAGGGCGCUAAGGUGAUGUUGUUUACUUGUCUUGAAUUCAAUUCUGGCUUUACUAGUGCUUAAAUAAAAAUAUGAAAAUAGAUUCGGUAUGAUCUUGGGGGUGGUGGCUGACGCUGCUGCAUGUGAGUCGAUCUUCUCCUUCUUCUUCUUCUGUGUGUAGACUUUGUGAUUAUACAUACAGACAGUAUGUUUGUGGCUUCCUUGCUUGGAUUGUAAUCGAUGUUCUUGUGUUUCAUUAUCCUACCUUUUAAUCUUAAAAUGUUGUUUCAUGGUUAUGGAUUUGACGACAUUUUCAGGCAGUAUAAAAUACUAAUGAAUCUUAUAUGUCUUGGUAGAUAG